AUGCCCAAUACCACAUCUAUUCGCGACGCUGCUGUAGGCACGUCGCAGCGGAGUUUGGCGCAGCAGCACACACAGCAGCAACGAGUGCAGCAACCGCAGCAACAACAGCCACAGCAGCAGCAGCAGCAUCCGACGGCUGAUGCGGAUGAAGCUCACAGGUACCUGCGCCGCCACGGUGUUCCUAGCAAGGUGGAGAAUAUAAUCAGCAGUGUGCUGAGUGAGCGGCCGGAGGAUCCGCUGCUUUAUAUUGUGGAGCACCUCCGCAGCAACAGCAAAAACAACAAAAACGACAAAGGUGAUCAAAAUGACAAACAACUUCCCAAGGAGCGUCAAACGGACGCAAACACUUCUAGCACUGUAGUGAGGGACCGCAAAGAGAACCAGCGCGUAGCAGAGCAUCCCGCUACGCGGGGCGACGCACCGCGUCCGCCGCAUCGUUCGACAGAAGAGGUGAAUACAAAGACGGAGCCGCGGCGCCGCAACAGCAGCAAAGACUCCGCUGCACAGGUUGCCAAAAAAGGCGGCGGUGAGAAGUCCGGUGGUGGUGGUGGUGAUGCACCGCCUGAAGACAUCCUGCGUUCGGAGCUGACGCCGGCGACAAUGAGCGAGACGCCGGUGCACGGCGAGCUCAGCGGGUGGGCCUUCCCGACCAGCGUCGCAAACGUGACACCUCCGCCCGAUUCGCAGCUGCAGGCGAUGCACACAAGCUUCAGCAGCACGCGCACGACGAACAUCUGCGCCAUGCGGCCGUCCUCCGCACUGAUGGGGCAGUGGAAUUCGCUGCGCAGCAGCCGCAAUGAGACGCCGUAUGGGCCGACGAGCCUCCGCUUUGGUGCCGCGAUGGCGGAUGGGGCGCUGGGCAGCGUUGGCGCGGCGAGCCUCGACCGCGACGACAGCACGCGCAGUGACCUGUCGGCGUUCAGUGUGGCAUCUGUGGACAUGCAGGACUUCUUGCAGGAAUUCCGGAGCGCCAGGGCUGACUGCGUGGGGGUUGAGACAAAGAUGGUAGACAUCGAGGCGCUCUCGGAGAUCCUUCAGAUGGUGAACAUUCCCCUGCCAGAUAUUCCGCUCAUUGCGGACCUCUUCGAGGAGGUGAAAGAGGUUGGCAUGAUGCGCUACCACCGCAGCGGCGGGAGCGGUGCAUUGGGCGAGGCGAAGAGUUGCGACAACGCGACAGCACCAGCGGAGGGGGAGCCGCGCGAUCGCGUGUACUUCGAUGCCUUCCUUGCGCGCAUGGCCUUCAUGAUUCAGGGACGAUACCCAGCCGAGGUCAUACGGGGCACAUUCUACUCCAUAUUGGAGUCCACCGUCAAAAAGAAGUGUUCCGCUGACGGGGUAGCACAACAGCCACAACAGCAGCAGCAGCAACAACAGCAGCAGCCCCAGCAACCCAAAGGUACAGGGGAAGAAAUGCAGCACGCGGGCUCCAACAGUGGAAGUGCAACGGUUAGGUCGGGCCGCACAGCGGUCAAGGGCCUUUGUAGAACCAGCAGCAACACUGGUAAUGGCAACAGCAGUAGUCUUGCCACAGCAGACAGUGCAAGUGCCACGCUGACGCACACGUAUCCAAGCGUGACCCUGCCAAACACCGCGCACUGCGCCGCGCCUAGCGAGAACGUUUCCCCCUCAGAGCGCUCAACGCUGCUGCACGGUGUGCCUCUAGCGGUGUGCGUGGAGGAGGGCCUGUGGCGUGGCCUCGGCAUCCCGGUGGGUAGGGCGGAGGUGCUGAAUGCGCUGCACAUGAUUGGUAUUCCCACGGAGGAGAACUACGAGUUCCACGUGAAUGAUUUUGUGCGGCUCGUAACGACGCUGACAGGACAGAAUGCCAUGAUUCCGUUAGGUGAGCGUGGCUCGCCGUGGGUAGUGUCGUCGCUACCGCGGGAGAAUUCUUUCUUGCCGUUUGGCGGCUCGUGCCGGGAGGAAAACCCUUGA